GGUGGAGACGGUCAGCUCAGCUUUCUCCACCUCCACCUCUCUGGAGUUUCACUGCACAAACAUGGACUUCAUCAGCAGGUGAUCAGUCAGGUUUACCUGAGGACAAGCUGCCGCCGACCCGAGCCCGUGUUUGUGUAAUGUUGUGCAAUUAGUGCACUCAAUCGUCAUCGGUGCGGCGCUAAUGGCCGCACAGCUGCAGGGGCUUUGUGUAAAAGGCUUACAGCUCUUAAGACAAUAAUGGUCGCCCGGAGAACAAAUGAGGUGACACUAAUACUCCGGAGGUGUCACUGAAGCGUCUCUGCCCCCGAGCUCGUCCAGCAAAACACGGACACAACAGAUAUCCAUUUAAUUAAACAUGACCCGAGGGGAAUCACCAUGCACCGCUGACUCCUCUGCAGAGAGGCCUGCAGCCGCUCAGCUGGAGCAGUGGAGAACAGCCACGCACCGUGGACUCUGUGGAGAUGAAUUCAGAGCUACAAAGGACUCUUGUGGAUUACAACAACAUGACUAAACUAUUAAGAAAAUUAGGAUUCCAUCCAGGAGUGAGACAAUUGGAAAUCUUUUUGCCAUAAUUUUCCAAUGGAUUUAUAUUUCGUUCAUUCAGAUGUGUGGAAAUGGUUCAACUCCUACCUUUUCUAAGUCACAUUUUCUUCUUCUAAAGCCUUAUUUACGGUUUGAAACUGUUUUUGAUGAAGGUGAGUUGCCUACAGCUCUGUAAACUGGCUGCUUCGGUGAAAAGCAAGUCAUUUAUUAUCAUUACAUCAUCCACUUUGGACCAGCAGGUUCAAACAAGUCCAGUUCCCCACGACACCUGUGGCCCACGUCCUUCCCCCAAAUCCCAGGCUGCACCUCUUCCCUCCUGGCCGCUGACCCCAGACGUCCUCCUGUCUGGAUGACGAGAGGAAGAAUCGCCAGACACAUAGCAUGGCUCACUCCGCUCACCCCCCUGGAUGGAGGGAGAUGACAAACGGAGGCGGGAACCCCCACUUCAACAAUGGAGGCCAGGCGGGGUGUUCCCACAGCAACACGCGCUACAGGCUGAAGAAACAGCAGCGCCACAGACGCAGGUCGUCCUCGCCAAUGGGCCGGGUCAUUCUCAUCAACGCACCUGUUGAUGGAGGUGAUGAAAGUGAAGACAUUCACACAGUGACCGUAGACAAGAGUCCUGAUGGGCGUCUGGGUUUCAGUGUCCGCGGAGGCUCUGAACAUGGACUUGGUAUAUUUGUCAGCAAGGUGGAGGAUGACAGCUCUGCAGCGGAGGCUGGGCUGACUGUGGGCGAUAAGGUGGUGGAGGUGAACGCUGUCAGCUUGGAGAGCAUCACCAUGAGCAGCGCUGUGAAGGUCCUGACGGGCAACAACCGGCUGAGGAUGGUGGUGAGACGGGUCGGAAAGAUCCCCGGCAUCCGCUACUCCAAGGAGAAGACCACAUGGGUGGAUCUGAUUCACCGGCGGAUGGUGGUGGAGGAGAGCGGCCGUACACCAUCAGACGCCAGUUCGGACAGCGCCCUCCGCAGGAUCGUACAUCUCUUCACCACGUCGGACGACUACUGUCUGGGCUUCAACAUCAGAGGAGGCAAAGAGUUCGGACUGGGGAUUUACGUCUCUAAGCUGGACCCAGGUGGGCUCGCAGAGCAGCAUGGCAUCAAAAUGGGCGAUCAAAUCCUUGCGGCCAACGGGGUGGGCUUUGAAGACAUCACCCACAGCAAUGCAGUCGAGGUCCUGAAGAGCCACACCCAUGUGAUGUUGACCAUCAGGGAAGCUGGCAGAUACCCUGCAUACAAGGAAAUGGUGGCAGAAUACGGCUGGCUCGACAAAUUGGCCAACGGAGGCCCUUCACCAUUCCCUCAAGGUUCAGACUCCAACUCCUCUGUGUCCUCGCUGUCCUCCAGCACCCCUCUGAGCUCCCUCAGUGGUCUCUCCCAGGUCCUUUUCCCUCCCGUCUUUGGCCUGGACAUGGUAGACGUGGCCAUCUCCACAGAGGACCGCUCCCGUCAUCCAAGCAGUGCCGAGCGAACUGCUGACACUGCCAUGCAAACUGACCCCAACCCUCCAAACUACACGGACCAUCCCUCCCAUAACGGAUCGUACCCAGACAGGCUGGUGGGGACAGAAACCAGCCGCAGUGUAGGUGCCACAGUGCUGCUGAAGGACACCGUCAUACGUGGGAAAGGGGAAGGACCGAGGGAGAUGGGAGGAGCUGGGGAAGGAGGGUGGGGACGGACAAGGAUGAUGUCAAGUGGGGACCAGGAAGUAGAGAAACACUCACCUAAGACGGCGGCGUUGAUGGCCCUGAGCAGACCAAGGAAACCCAUCAGACGUUCCCAGAGCCACAUCACUGAGUCAGAGGACAGACAGAAGAAGAAGAAGCAGAAGAAGGAGAAGAGCUCGGGAGAGGGUAAAACCAGCCUGCAGCGCUCCAAAACCUUUGUCAACCUGUUAUUUAAGAGAGAGCGUAAAGAGAAGAGUCGCUCCAGGUCCCCAUCCCACGGAGCUGACAAAGGUAAAGAGCGGGGCCGUCCUCUCCAGAUAUUGACCUCUCCGAGGGAGUCCCGAGCUGGGGUUAAAGACGCCAGCCCGCUGCCCCGGCCUGAGACCCUGGAUCACGUGGAGGACGUGGCAAAGAGGCUGCUCAGCCAGGACGAGGUGGCUGCCGUGAUGAGACACUGUCAUCGCUUUUUGUCCGACAAUAUGAUUGAGGAUUUGGUACGUCCUCUUUUGGCAAUCUUGGACAGGCCAGAGAAACUGCUACUUUUCAGAGAAAUAAGGAUGCUGAUACCGACGAAUAAAUUGGGUCGGUUUGACAGCAUAGUCCUUCCCUUUGAGCUGGAGGCGUAUGAUAUUCUCAAGAGUCGCUCGAUACGUUCUCCCGCUCUGCGCUCCCCUCGCAGAGGAACCCCUCGACGUCACCUCAUCACCCCAAUCCCAGACUACAGGGGUGGGUUCCACCUCCAGCCGUUUCAGGACCCACUGGGAGAGAAUCAGUUGAUUGAGGAGUUGGAGCGUCUGCGUUUGCCUGGACAGCAGUCAGGAAUUCUGCCUCCAUCACGUCUCUUCACCCCCUUGCUGGACGUACCUGUGGACAGCUAUGCUUCCUCCUCUGUGCGGUCCCGCUCCCUGAGCCCCUCACCCACCCACAGCUCCCUCCUCACAGAAUCGCCACACAGCACCCAUCGUGGGUGCCAUCCCCAUCGCUCCCCAAACAGACGAGAGAACGGGGCGUCGCAGUAUGAUGAGGUCUCCUUACUGUCCGCGUCUGACCGAGGAGAUGUGGCUGCUGAGCGAGGGAGGUCGCCUGUGAGGAACGGCCAGGGGAGAGCGGGGAGGGAGGCGAGCCCCGACAGCGUAGAUGGCAAGGGGCAGAGCAGGCAGCAGGGCUUCACUGAGGUCAGCGUGCAUGUUCCCUCACAGCCGAGAGGGAGAACACCUCUGGCUGAUGUGUUUGAGCCCCAGAGAGACAAGAGUCCGUCCUCAGGCAGAGGGAGAAGUCAGCAGGUGAAUCAACCUGCACAGAAUGGUGUGAAGAGAAGAACCACUGUGCCACAUGAGGAGUAUGAAAUCUGCACGUUGACCAUCUCAAAGGCCAAGCAGUCACUGGGUAUUAGUAUCUCUGGAGGUAUGGAGUCAAGGGUCCAGCCCAUGAUAAAGAUUGAGAAAAUCUUCCCAGGAGGAGCCGCAUCUACAAAUGAGGCUCUGAAGGCAGGAUAUGAGCUGUUGUCCGUGGACGGCGAGAGUAUGCAGGGGGUGACUCAUCAACACGCGGUGGGUGUCAUUCGCUGUGCGUUCGGCAACAAGGCCAAAGAUCCGAUGGUUUUUGUGGUCAAGGUUCCUCGCAGCCCCACCAGCAGCCCCAGGAGACCUGCUGACUAGCCUCUCUGGGCCUCUCAGCCAGACUGCAACUCGGGCAUGAAGGACAACAAAUUCUGCAGCUCCUGAGGGAACGAAUAAACUCCAGGAUUCACUGCACGGGGGAGAAAAUAUGAGACAGGUAGAGCUCUGGUCCCAGCGGAGAGGAAUGGAUGCACAGUCUCAUCGCUCCUGUUAAAGGCCGAGUUGUGACAAGAACUACAAAGAUAUUUGUCACGAACAGAGGUUGAGGCUUGAAGCAGUUUUUUAAGACUGAUACAGUAGCUUAUUUAUCAGAAUAAAUCACUUUCACUAUGAUAAAAUGUAAGAUACUGUGUUGAAGUAUAAUCUAAACUGGAUGUUGCACCUGUACAACAUUCUUACUGAAAGCAUUCAUUGCACAAUAACUCGUUUAAAAGCAACUUCCUGUCUUUCUUGAUAAGAUCGCGUGGUUCAUGAACUCCUCCUUGGUUGAAAUCGUGCCACUGUUUGACACUUAACCACCUUUCCGUGACCUCUGACCUCUGUCUGAUAGUGAAGCCAGUGGUCUGCACAUUUCAGCCGGACGAUCUGACUCCAGCAGCCCCACAGGCCUGCCAGAGGGAGAUUACCCCAGCCUGCGUUAUGAGAUUUGUAGAUUUAUACCCAGAUUAAACCCCUGUAUUAUGUCAAAACUGAUAGUUUGGGUUUAGUGGAUGUCUGGGGGGGAUUAUUCCAAAUUGCUGCUCAGUAAUUUUUUGUGCUGUAUUUUUCUGGCCUAAGUGCUCGUGCUCUGGAGCAAUCCGCCACUUUAGAGGCUUAAUUACACCCUGCUGUGGACUGAGCUUAUGCAGACAUGCGGAGGAGUUGGAAAAACAUGUCAAUGAGAAAUGCAUGACAUGGAGGUCGGUGGCACAGUUUGAAUUAAAGUAGGCUAGAGGAGAUGUGAGCAGCGAGAUAACAUGGACUACAGUGUGCAUAGUGCCUUACUCCUGCAGAUGACCAGUGGGGGGAAAUGUUGAUAAAAUGCUGGACAAACUUGGUUUUAAUAAGUGACUUGUCUCAAUCCAGAGAUACAA